AUGCAUGACGAUGAGCCUUCGCUGAACAUCCCCUCUAUCUUGACGCUAGCGGUUGUCUCGUUCUUUGUGCUACGAUGGUUCUUUAACCGCGACGAGGGUCCCUCCGCUGGCGGCCGGCCCCGCGGGCGAGGGAUUGCUGUCGACCCAGCUCAGGUCGAGCAGAUCUCCCAGAUGUUCCCGCAGCUAAGUACUCGUGAUAUCAUGUGGGACUUGCAACGCAAUGGAGGCAGUGUUGCGGCCACGACGGAGAGGAUCCUGACCGGGCGUGGAUUGGAAACGCCACCCCCGUCAUUCCAACCCCCGAUCAUGAUACCCUCUACGAAUGCCCAAACUUCCCAGGCGACGAGAAUUGUGUCAGCAUCAAAAGGAGGCGAGCAGGACUUAAUCUCCCGAUAUAACUUGAGUGAAAAGGUCGGAGCCGACAGCACUGCAGAAUUCACACCUGGAGCAGCGUCAAAAAGCGCAUGGUCCCAGAACAAAGAAGAGCGGCAACGUCUGCUGCAGAAGCGCCGAGACGAGAUGAUUCUGGCGGCGCGGAGAAAGAUGAUGCAGAAGGACCAGGGCAACACCCGAUGA